ACCAUGCUGUUCUAUUUUUAUAAUUUUCUCUUUCUUAACGAGACAGGUUUUUUCUGUUAAUGUUUACACAGUUUUAUGUUGCUACAUAAAAUGUUAUAAACGGCGGUACGUAUUAAUACUUAAUGUGGUGCGACCAUCAUUAAAAUCUUAAAGCGUUAAAAUAUGUCGUUAAAUAAAAUCGAUAAAAAGAAUUAUCAUUGAAUAGGUACAUUUAUUAAUAACAUAAAAUAGGUAAAAAUUACCUAAACCAUAUAAUACAUAAAUACAUAAUAUUAUUUCUACCUUGUACCACUUACUCAACAUAGGAUUUAAUAGCGUAUUUUCGGAGUAUAAAUAAUUGUUUAAAUCACGUUUUAGUGGUAUAAAAAAAUUUAAUUAUAUUCAUCAAAUAACAUUCAGUUGUGUAGGUAUUUACUUUAGAUCCUUUAUUUUCUUAUGUCUGUAUUCUGUGUAAAAGUCAUGGGAAAAGGCGAACGUAUCCAUACAAUUUAGCUUUUGGACAGGUCUUAAUUAAUAAUGUUAUUUAUGUUUUUAAAUUAUUGUUAACGCGAUAGUCGUGAUAUGUUUCAAUUUGUUAGGUAUGGCGAUUUAUUGAUAUUCUAAAUUAUUUAAACUGUGGGCAUAUAAUUAUUAUAAAAGUGGCAGUGGAUUGAAUUAACGGACCGCCUCUGUUUGCAUUGACACCGAGGAAAUUAUCAAUAAAGUCAUUGCCCUCAAUUUUUCGUUUUACUUGGACAAAAUGACGAAAGGCGGUUUGUCGCCGGUGCUCGUCGAACACAGCGGCAACAAAAUGGACGGGAACGUUGCCGCGACUCCGACGUCUAAAAAGCGUGGUUUCUUCAGCGGUUCGUUUCGGCGUCGCCGGACAUCCGACAUAAAAAUCAAUGACACGAUAAUCAUUAACGAAAACGUGGUGUUUAACGGCAACAACAAAAACGGCGUCAGCUCCACGGAUGGUGGAAAGACCGUCGAGAACGGUAAAAGCGUCGACGUCACCGAACAGCAACUUGCCGUGAACGAUAAAAAGCCACCGUUGCAAAAAAAAGAGCCCGUGAUGGACGUAAAAAAAACAGCUCCAGUGGCAGUCCACCAACAGAAGGAUAUAGAGAGCAAACAACUACAAGCCGAUAAGAAAAAAAUUGCGGCGGAGGAUAAGAAAAAAGCUGUGACAAAAAGAGGUAAAACGUACUGUAGUGGUUGUAAGAAAAAAUGCUCUGGUGAAGUACUCAAAAUUAAAGGUGAUAAAUACUUCCACAUUGACUGUUUCAAAUGCAAAAUUUGUAGCUGUUCAUUAGUGCAAGGGUUAUUUUUUUCUGAAGAAGGUAGUUGGUAUUGUCCUGAUGAUUAUCAAAAAUUAUUUGGUAAAAAGUGCACUGUUUGCAAUGAUUAUAUUAAAGAUGAAUUGGUUAUUGUUUUGGAACGAACAUAUCAUCAACAGUGUUUCACAUGUACUCAUUGCAGACAACCAUGUCCAAAAGGAGAUCUAGUAACAUAUGUAGGAAAUUCUAUUCUUUGUUCUAAGUGCAAAGAGAUUCCUGUUAAACGGCCGGUAUCUGCACAAUCAAAACAAAAUAGCACUAAUGAAACAGAUUGUGCUGAAUGUGGUGAUGAUCUUAGGAAUGGACAAGCACUUUAUGCUUUGGACAGACAAUGGCAUAUUUAUUGUUUUAAGUGUCAUGAAUGUUCUGCUGUACUUCAUGGCGAGUAUAUGGGACGGGAUGGUGUUCCUUACUGUGAAAAAGACUAUCAGAAGCUUUUUGGAGUCAAAUGUACAUAUUGCAGUAGAUUUAUAUCUGGAAAAGUUUUACAAGCUGGUGAUAAUCAUCAUUUUCAUCCAACGUGUGCAAGAUGUGCUAAGUGUGGUGAUCCAUUUGGGGAUGGUGAAGAAAUGUACUUACAAGGCGGAGCAAUUUGGCAUCCACGUUGUGGGCCUAGUCCGACUGAAAAUGGCACUAUAAUAAAUGGAGGAUCAAGUGCUAUGCUUAACGGACAUUGCAAUGACCCUGAAGAGUAUGAUCGAAUCAGUUGCUCAGCUGCUAGUGAAACACAGUUUUCAUUACGAUCUCGAUCUCGUGCUUCAAGCUUUAAUGGUUCAUGUUAUAAUGGUUCAUGUAAUAGCAUGAGUAGAAAGCACUAUUAUCGUGAUAUACCUGGAAGUCCAGGUCUAUUGCUUCGAGAAUAUAAAACAUCUAAUGUACCUAUAAGUCGUAUCUACACUUAUAGUUACUUGACUGAAGAGCCAACUCAAGGAUAUUUGAAACGCCCAAUCGACCCAUACGAUAAGCAGCCUACAUCGCCUCAUUUCCACAGACCAACAUCUUGUGGUAGUGUACGUGGAAGUAGUAAGUGUUCAACUUUACGUUCAGCUGGCAGUCGUUCUGGUAUGAAAGCUUUAGUUGACAGUAUUAGAUCAGAGACUCCUAGACCAAAAUCACCUCAUAGUAUGAACAAUGAAGAACCUAUAGAAUUGGCUCACUAUCCCGCUGCUAAACCACCAGCACCUGGUGAAAAACCAAAAAUUGAAAGAGAUGAUUUUCCUGCUCCUCCAUGUCCAUAUACUGAUCCAGAAAAACGUAAAACAUGGUUUGAAAACUAUAAAGGUAUAUCAGAUGAUGAAGAUGAAGUUGAUCAAAAAAUGAAUGCUGAUAAAGCAAUAGAUCCUAAACUAAAGAAAGAAGAGGAAGAACUAAGUAAAUUAGGAUCAGGAAUUGGAAAAGUAUUUUUGCAAGAAGUUCGUGAACGCGAAAAACAUCAAAAAUGGAAAGUUUCACACAUGGAUCCUCGCAAUGCUUCAAGAUGUCCUUCUGCUGCACGAGAGCCGACUUAUCGUCUUAGAUACCAGUCGCCGAUAAAUGCUUCACCAUCUCGUAAUUUGGAUCAUCAAAGACCUUGGGAAGAAGAAGGUGGUUAUUUAGACACAAGUUACAGAUCAUCAGUUGGACAAUCUACUGGUGCUAUUCCCAGUUACAACACAUACUAUCAAAGUCAGCAUGGGUCGGCUAUAAUGAUGAGGGGCGCCCGCAAGUCGUGCACUCUUCCAGCCGGCUUCCACGGUGGCCCUGGAAAUUAUAUCAGGGAUGGGUUUUCCAUAAACGGCUUAGACAAUAAAACACUUAGCACAGAUUUUAACUGCGCUAGGUCUGACGUUUCUGCCGGAUCUAUAUCUGAAGUGGAUCAAGGCAACACGUGUUCUGAAAUACCAGCAUCAUCUACAUUUACUGGAUCGCUGCGCUAUGUUACUAAUAUUCAUCGUUCACUACCCAACAUGUCUUCAUCGCAUCACAGUUCUGAACCUCCAAAAAUUUAUCCAUAUCACUUAUUACUGAUCACAAAUUACAGGCUGCCCUCAGAUGUUGAUAGAUGUAACCUUGAUCGUCACUUAUCGCCUACAGAAUUUGAAGCAGUUUUCCAAAUGUCACAAGCUGAGUUUUAUCAGUUGCCCAAAUGGCGCCGCAAUGAAUUAAAGCGUAGGGCACGCCUGUUUUAAUUCUACAUUCACUUGCUGCUAUGUAUUUGAUAAAAGGCAAAAUCUUAUUAAGCUUCUUGGUUAUAAACUUUAUCUUUAUAUUUAGCAUCUAAAUUCUUAUGACAAUUAUAUUCUUAUAUAUAUCAAUUACGUUCUUGUACCAAAUAUUUCUAUAUUUUUAUUUUUAAAAAAAAAUACUUUAUUCCUAAUUUUAUUUUAACAUUUAUCGAUGACAAUAUUAAAUUUUUUGUUUAUAAACACUUUAAAGUUUUAAUAAAGUUCUUUAAUAAUAAGAAAAAAAGUGUAUACUUAGUAACUGUAAAUAUUUAUAAUAUCUUUAAUGGCUUAUAUUGUUUUUGUGAUUUACUUGUAAUAAUUGUAGUAUUAUUAGAUAAAAUUUAUAAUAUUUAUUUAUAUUAUUUAAACUUGGCCAACUGGUCUCAUUGUUUGAUUGUCAUAAAUGUUGUUGUCUUGAUACAAUAUAAUCUGUCAACUACAUUUAUCAUUUUCAUUAUAAAUAUAACAAUUUAAUUCACACUAAACUAAUGUUUUAUGUAAAAAUGUAUGUCAUACAAAAUAUUCAGCAAAUUAAGAAGCAUGCCUUACUCUCAAAGCUGGGCACUAGUUAAUUAGUGAGUUAUAGUCAAGUUAAAAUGUUACUUUUAAAGUAAGUUUCUUACUACUUAAGUUGGUUUUAAUUCAUAAUAAAAUUCUAUCUUAAAGAAUUUAAUUGAAUGAAAUUAUCUAAUCUGUACAUUAAAACAAAAAAUAACUGUGUUUUUGUAUUACUGCAAAAAUCCCAAUGUCAUGUAACUUUGGUGAUUAAAAAAAUGUAUAAGUUAUACAUUUCAUGUUACUGUGAAUGUCCGUAAUUGGUGAAUGUUGAUCUAUUGAUUAAACUUAUACUGUUUGUAAACAUUUACUGGCAAAUGUCUACAUUUAUUUGUUGAUAUUAGUGAAUUUUAGUAAUUUUUAUUUUGUUUUAUUUAAAUGUUAUCUUGGGAUAACUGAAAAGUCACUAUAAUAAUAUGUUAUCAAAGCAUAUUUACUACCUAUACAAUAUCAGGUACCUACUAUAUAUAUUGAUAAUUUUGAUAAAAUAAUUUAUUACCUUACCUAACAACUUUUUUAAUAUUAUAUCUCAACAAACGUUUGCUAUAUCGCUAUUGUUAUUCAUUGCAUUCAUUACAUUGUGUACAAUUGAUUUUCCCAAUAACUAAACAUUUUUUUUAUAUAUCUGUAAUUAGUAUUCAUUUUGCAAAGAAAAUGUAAUAUCAAUUGCUGAUGUACUAAGGGAUUGAAUAAUUUUGCUGAAGAAAAUAAAUAUAUUUUAAAUGAAUAAUGUUUAUAUUACCUAAUAAUAAUAAUAUUUCAUUGAUUAUAUAAAAUAUGUUAUAUUUUUUAUAUUAUCUAAAGCCUGUAAUAUAUGUUAACACUAACUGAAUCUGUAUUGUGUACCCAUGUCAACAUUGAUCAAAAGCAUCGUAUAUAUGAUAAUAUUCACUAGUAAAUUUAUAUAUUUUUUUAAUUCAUCAGAAUUUAUUGAUUUAAGGUGUAUAUGUUGACAUUAGCUAGGAGACUCAACAUUCUCCAACUGUGGACAUAUACUGUAACACAUAUGCGGUGGUAAUACAAUUUUAUUGCCAAUAUAUUGCCUAUAAAUUCUAAUAUAUAUUUAUAUGAUAUUAUCGAGGUAAUGGUAAAAUACUGCAAAACUCAAUUUACUGCUGCUACUAUUUUUUAUUUAAUUAAUAAAUUCUCCUUUAUAAUUUUAUUUAGAUAAUCAUUAAUUAAUUUAAUAAAAUAUUCUGUAUUCAAACAAAUUUUUAAAUUAAAAAAAAACUAAGUUAAAAAUAUUUAGAAGUUUCAAAAACCAACUUAUGUUUAGUUAUAUUAGUUUUUAGGUUAAAAUAACUUGUUAAAAAAUGACUAAUUUGUCCAGCUCUAGUUAUUCUGAAGCAGCUUUAU